AUGCGAUUUCUGUGGAUCGAACACAGGACCUUCAGAUUAACUGUGACUGGAGUUGAACUUCAGUCUGACGCUCUCCCAACUGAGCUAAAACCGCAUCCAUGA